CAGCGAACAGUUCUCGGUCCUCGGCCUAAGUAAGUUGCAGGGUGGAGAAGGAGGGAGUCGUCCGGAGCGCGCGAGUGGAACGGAGAAAGCUAUAAAGGUGGAGGCCUAGGGAGAGAAAGAGAGGCAAGGAAAAGGGAGCAGCUCGCCGUGGAACGCGCCGUGUCCUCGCGUGCUUGUGUCGCGUACGGCGUCUCGAGCGCGGCCAUUACGACAGAGCCGCUCGGUGACGCUCGGUAACGUCGUGUGUAGUGACGCGAGCGCGACGAUAGCGUGGCCCGCCGUUGCUGCAUGCGUGAACGUGGAUCGCCGAGCGCCGUCCGCCGUCGUCCGCCGCGUAGUACGGGCGCAACAGAGCGUGAGCACGUGCACGCACGCGAGACAGAAGGAAGGAAUUAACGUUCGAUCGUCGCCACAGCAGCCACCACCACCACAACCGCCGCCACCACCACCGCCGUGGUCGCUGUCGCGCUGUCGCUAUCAUCGAGGGGUUGGCAUUACGUGAGUGAGAAGGAGGCAGAGCGCGGAAGCUGCCGAGCGUGGCUCGAACGCGCACGACGAGACGAGUGUCGCGAGUUCGCGGAGGCUGCGACCGGGUGGAUCGUUCGAAGGGAAUUCGGUUUGCGAGCGGACCGGUCGGCGAGCGGACGCAUCAGUUACGCGCGCGCGUGUUAAAGGACGUGCGUGCGCACGUUUUAGGACGAAGAAGUGCCGGUAGAAGAAAGAGCAAGCAAAGGUAACACGCGCGCGACGCACAACCGCCAUCAUGUUUGACGUGUUCGGUUCGGUUAAGGGGCUGCUGAAGCUCGACUCGGUAUGCAUCGACAACAAUGUGUUUCGACUGCACUACAAGGCCACCGUGAUCCUACUGGUUGUCUUCUCCUUGCUGGUAACCUCCAGGCAAUACAUCGGCGACCCGAUCGACUGUAUCGUCGAUGAGAUCCCGCUCCACGUGAUGGACACUUAUUGCUGGAUCUACUCGACCUUCACGAUCCCGGAUCGGACCGGCAUCGUCGGCAAAGACCUGGUACAGCCGGGAGUCGCCAUGCACGUCGAGGGCGAGGACCAGAUCAAAUACCAUAAGUACUAUCAGUGGGUAUGCUUCACCCUUUUCUUCCAAGCGAUCCUUUUUUACAUUCCUCGCUAUCUGUGGAAAACGUGGGAAGGCGGAAGGAUCAAGAUGUUGGUGCUGGAUCUCAAUUGUCCGGUGGUCAGCGAGGAUUCUAAGAGCGACCGACGUAAAUUGUUGGUCGACUAUUUCACCUCGAAUCUGCAUUCGCAGAAUUUCUAUGCUUACCGCUUUUUCGUAUGCGAGUUGAUCAACUUCGUCAACGUGGUCGGCCAGAUUUUCUUCAUAGACUUUUUCCUGGACGGCGAGUUUACCACGUACGGCUCCGACGUCAUCAAGUUCACGGAGAUGGAACCGGAGGACCGCAUCGACCCUAUGUCCAGGGUGUUCCCGAAGGUGACUAAGUGCACGUUCCACAAAUAUGGUGCGUCCGGCACGGUGCAAAAAUUCGACGGUCUCUGCGUGUUGCCGCUCAACAUCGUCAACGAGAAGAUCUACGUGUUCAUCUGGUUCUGGUUCAUCGGCCUGGCGUCUCUGAGCGGUCUUAGUUUGCUCUAUCGCUUGGCGGUGAUAGUCAGCCCGAAAUUGCGAAUGGUACUCCUACGGGCACGCUCGCGUCUCUCGCCGCACGACCAAGUCAAGAUCAUCAGCGACAAGUGUCAGAUCGGUGACUGGUUCAUUCUUUAUCAACUCGGCAAGAACAUCGAUCCAUUGGUCUACAAGCAGCUGAUUGCCGAUCUCGCGACCAAGCUCCAAGGCAAGGAAAAUGUAUAACGCAAAGGGAAGGACUCUUCUUCAAGGAACGCUUCCGGACGUGACCUCCGGAGGGAUUCUCGUCUCUCUCCGCGAGCGAUAAUAUCCUGCCCGACAGAGGGAGGAAGCGAACGGUAGGAUCGUCUCAGGAUUAGAGAGACGAGAGUGAGAGAGAGUGAGAGAAGGAAACAGCCAUAUCGCCGUUGUGGACAUAAGACGAGGAUGGGAAGAAUCGUAGUCUUUUUUUUUUUGAGGCUGAAUUACACCGAUAAUUGUCUGACUUGGAAUUCUUGAUUAAUGUCCGCUGAUCUUUUCUGUACUGUAUUUUCUUCAAUUUUUGUUUAAAUAUUUUUUUUAUAUAAAUUAAAAAGAAAAAUUAAACUAAUCGGAAUUAGUUUCAAAUUAAUUUUUAAAUUCGAGUUCACUAUAGCGGACAAACAGGAGUGUUCUGAAUUGAUUGAUAGAUCAGCUCUACGAAUUGAACUUCGUAGAUCUUUAGAAUUUGUAUGCGAAUAAACAAGUCAAUCGGGACCAUUAAUGGUUUGAGUCGGGAAGAGAAAACGCCUUGUUUUCCAUCUAUAGUUAAUUUAAUAGAUAUUUAGAUACAAUUAGUCAAAUUUAUAGGUUAUUAAAUUCGUAGAUAAUAAUUGAUUUUUUAUCGUAGCAUUUUGACGUAGCAUUUAAGUCAACUUUUCUGCUCUCCCGAUUCUGAGAUAACACCUUGGGUUAAUCAAGCUAUUAUCAGCAAUGUUGGUGCAAUUGAGUCUUGAAUAGUUAGGACAAGAUUUUUAGGUCUCGCCAUUUCUUUUUCGCGCGAGUAACACGCUUCCAUUCGAGUUUUGCGAUGAAGACAAAGCGCGCAGUUCGCCGCUCUCUCCUUGCCUCUCCUCGUCUUCGCGUUGAACUCUCCUCGUCUUCGGAUCCUUUCACCUAUGGAGAGUUUCCCAUCGAUUUUAUAUCGCCGUCCAUUCCGUUUGUUUUCUACGUUUGUCCGUUUCCUUCAUUUUACUUCGCGCAUUCCUAGAUUUCCUCGAGCGAAAAUUCGCGAUUCCAACGUCGGACUCUUAUUAUAUUAUCGUUUAUUUAUUUCAUUUUAGCAAAUCGCGAUUCCAUGAUGUGGCAGUGAGUAAUCCAAGUUGGACUUUCAAUUCUUAUAAUAGAUGCCUUGUUUUUUUCUCAUUUAUUUAAAUUAUGCAAUAUAUAUCUUUAAUUAUAUUAUCUUUUUGUCGAUCGCACUCUCUCACGUAAAAAAAAAAAGUUCAGGUUAAUUUGAGAAAGAAAAAUAAAACCGGAUCCUUUAUUUUAUGAAUGAGAUUUCCGAGUUUUCAGAUACGCGUAAAAUACGCGAAAGUUUGCUUCGCGCAUAUGCUUACGAGGCGGUUCAAUUAUUUUUACCAUCUGAUAUAUGAACAGUUAAUUAGAAUCACGCGGCUGGUUGGCCUUGCGAUUCAAUUCGUCUGUUUACACUUGUGAAUUAUCGUGAUAAUUAAUCCAUUAAGAAAAUAUCAAAAUGAGCGACGAGAUAUAUUAUUUUAUCUCUUAUUGAAUCGGCGCGAAAAAAAAAUCGCCGCUUUCGAUGCCAACCAGUUUGUUGGCCUGCAUCACCGUUAUCGGUGUUUCAUCCACUUUGCGUGCGAAACGUACGAUUCGCACGCAAUCGUGGGUGAAGCCCUCUGAUCAUCGCGAACGUUAUUCCGCGAUCGAUGUGUAGCCUGGAGAAUAUAAAAAUCCGACUUUCCGAGAAGCGCGCACCUUCCUUCAACGCGCUUGCAUACCCAAGAAGUCCCGCGUGCGAGGCCCCCAGUAUAUCCGUGAAGAAAAUACAUGGAACGGAACGCGAUGACCUGCCUCGUAGGAAUACGCGCGGGAACGAGGAAAAUAUGCGCGGGGAGAAGAGUUGCACGACCGCAUCGGGGGUUCCCAUUGUCACACGCCGCUCGGCGCGCACAAGGUCAGAGGAUGUCCGCAUACUUUCGACCUUUUGCCGUUCGAAGUGAAGAUCAUCCCCGAGGGCGGGUUCCAUCCUACGGCGAAAACGAGGAGAGAAAAAGAAACACCUGUGAAAGAGCUUAAAGGAAAAAAGAAAAAAAAAAGCGCGAGGUUCUCCCGGCACUCUCUCGGAAGCCUUCGUUCGCAGACUUGGAUCGUGUGAUAAAGCGAGGGACGGCGUUCGCGUACUUUCUCAACAGACAUUCCCGCCUCAGCAGGUCUUCUUUUUGUCUUUUAUUUUAUUUUUUUUUUUUAAUUUCCUUUUUCUUUUCCUUUUUCCAUUCUGCGUAUCGAGCUGAGAAUUACGUUUCUCGAGUUCGACUCGAGAAUUAGGACCAGCGACUACUUUAACGCAUAACCGAACAUCUUUCGUGUCUUUCGUGGAGAGAUUUAUCGAUCCGGAGACUUCACGAGUUUUUGUGAAAAAGAA